AUGCCGGCUUCAACAAUAGUCUUCUCUUCUCUUCCUUUCGCUGUCACAUUCCUUUUGGUCUCGACAUUGGUGCUCCAGAAGCUCUUUCCUCUUCUAUCUGGUGAAGCCCAGUCUUUGAAGACCAGCGCGUAUGCUCGACCAUUCUCUUCCAAUGCCAGCCAGUCUCGACCGAUCAUCAAACGCUUGUCGGCUUUAACCUUUGCUUCCACUGUUGCAUUGGCCGCAGUACUGACAGAAUUGAUACUGUGCGAAAUAUCCAACACUAUCAACGAGGCAGCCCGUGGACUGGCAUUCCGAGUGACGAUAUUGCUGCUUCUUUUCCUCCUCAUAAUCGCUAUACCGUUCCUCGAGAUCCACUCGAUCAUCUCUGCCUCAGGUUAUGAGUUCUCAGGAAAAGGCAAGGGAAGGCUCAGGCUGGCAUGGGUGUUACAACUGGCUGGCUUCGCGGCAUGGCUCGGGGGGUUCUGGUGGAGUGGAGAAUGGCUACUGCGUCGGCUUGGCCAGAGUUCAGGGACUGAGAGCUCUCAAAGCCUCAGUGAGGCUUCUCUCGAGCGCAUUGGUGUCAUUGGAAUCUCAGUCAUGUCUCUUCUCUCUGGCUUCGCCUCAGUCAGCUCCCCGUGGCAGAAUUUUUUCUCGCGACCCAAGCUCGUCACGGAAGCCACCAUUACCCGCAAAGCAGCAGGCCUGGAGGCCACCCAGGAUAUGCUAUCUACCAAACGCUCUCGUUUGCGCGCUCUCGAACGCAAGAUGUCCGACGCACCUACAGAAAGCUUCUUUCAGAAAGCCAUUGGGUCUAUUCGUCGCAACCCCGACUCUACAGAGAGACAGGCUCUACUCCUUGAGAUAUCUGGCCUAGAAACAAUGGCCGUUUCCCUUGCCACUUCUCAUUCUAACCUUCAGUCUCGCCUUCAGCAACAAAACCGUUCGCGGACGGCUACAGGUCGCCUCCUUCUCACAGCCUCUUACGUAUUCUCUGUCUUCUGCCUCUACCGGAUUCUCACCACUACGUUGACUGCCAUCCGUCGUGCCCUAAGCGCACAUCACUACUCCUCGCAAGACUUCAGAUCCUCUGACCCUGUGGACAACAUACUCGCCUUGCUAGCCAAGCAUUACGAUCCUCACUUAGACCAGGCCGCUUGGGCCCGGCAGAUAUCCUUCCUCCUCUCCGGUCUCAUCCUUUUCGGCUCAAUGUCUUCAGUCAUGCAGACCUUUCAUCUCUUCGCCCGCUUUUUCCCGAGCUUGCUGAAAACCAUCCAGGCCAAUCUUGCAUUGGUAGUUGCGCAGGUGUCCGCUACGUACGUGAUCAGUGCGGCGUUGAUGCUGAGAGGAAUGAUGCCAGGAGCCGUGAUUGGCAAGGGUUUAGGUGCUCUAGGGGGGAAAGAUGGUGUGGCGUGGGUCGAUGGAUGGUUUGAGAGAUGGUUUCUUGCUGGAGUUAUUCUCACAGUGGUAGGGAUAUGGGUGGGUAGGAAAGUUGUGGGAAGUGAUGAUUGGGAAGAGGAUGAAUACGAUAACGGGGUUGAAUUGGAGGGAGGAAAGAGGUCACGAUAG